AUGUCUUCCGUCGCCGACGCAGCUCUCAACUCGGAUUUCUUGGGCGCCGCCACUCCCUCAAGCGACCCUGGCGCCAGCCGACGCAGGAACCAGACGCCCUCCUCUGCCAGACAGCGCGCCCCGCCCUCAAGUGCAGGCGCUGGGAGCGACAUUGAAGGCUUCCCCGACGACAACAUCGUCGGCGCAAGAGCGCCUGGACGUAGGCCGAAUGCUGCCACUGGGAAUAUUCCGCGCGUUGUGGACGUUACUGGCGAGACAUUGUCGCAACGUUUUGAGGAGUUCCUAGAAGGAUUCACGGAUGAUCCCACUUCGUCCGCCGUUCCUACUGCGAGCGCCCAGACAGAUGCCCGAUUUUACAUUGCUCAGAUACACGGCCUCCGCCUGCACAACCUGUCGACCCUAUACGUUGACUUCACACACCUGCUUAGACACGAAGACGGGGUGGUCGCUGAAGCGGUUGCAAGCGAAUACUACCGUUUCUUGCCGUAUAUGGUUCGGGCCUUGCACAAUCUCAUUGCGAAGUACGAGCCGCAAUACUUCCGCGAGCAUCGCCAGCCGGCUUCGGCGUCGUCCGUGACCAAUUCGUCGGUCGCUGGGAACGCCCUCAGUCAGAACGAGUCUCUCAAUGAGAAAACGACGAACCAGCAAACGGACAAGAUAUUCACACUAGCCUUCUACAAUCUGCCCCUCGUUUCUCGGGUCCGCCAAUUACGGACCACAUCUAUCGGCCGUCUCUUAUCUAUUUCUGGAACUGUAACUCGCACUUCAGAAGUUCGCCCUGAGCUUUUCCUCGGAACCUUCAUAUGCCAGGCUUGCAACGCCAUUGUGCCCAACGUCGAACAGACUUUCAAAUUCACGGAACCAACACAAUGCCCAAAUCAAGUGUGCGGGAACCGGGACGGCUGGCGCUUGGAUAUCCGUCAGUCUACGUUUGUCGACUGGCAGAAAGUCCGAAUCCAAGAGAACAGCUCCGAAAUCCCUACCGGAAGUAUGCCUCGUACCAUGGAUGUCAUCCUUCGCGGUGAAAUGGUAGACCGAGCUAAGGCUGGUGAAAAGUGUAUCUUCACAGGCACGGUUAUUGUCAUACCGGACGUGAGCCAGUUCCGCGUGCCAGGAAUACGACCACAAGCAACUAGAGAUACCUCCAAUGCCCCACGCGGAAGCGAUGUGGGUGGCAACGGCGUCACUGGGCUCAGACAACUAGGUGUGCGUGAUCUUACCUACCGAAUGGCCUUCUUAGCGUGCAUGGUCAUUCCAGACACGUCCACUCCAGGCAAUCCUCAGAGCAACAUCCUUGCGUCUUUGGGUCAAAACCAACCACUCGAGUCUAACGCCACAGGCGAGGAAGCUCAAAAGGAGUAUCUCGAAUCACUCACACCUUCCGAGAUUGAAGAUCUUCGGAACAUGGUACACAAGCCGAACAUCUUUAUGCGUUUGGUGGACUCCAUCGCCCCAAUGGUAUACGGGCAUCAGGUCAUCAAGAAGGGCCUCCUUCUUCAACUUAUGAGCGGUGUGUCAAAGGAGACCCCGGAAGGUAUGGCUCUUCGUGGUGAUAUCAACAUCUGCAUCGUCGGCGACCCAUCGACAUCGAAAUCACAAUUCUUGAAAUACAUCUGCAGCUUUCUCCCUCGAGCAGUAUACACAUCUGGCAAAGCUUCUUCAGCCGCUGGUCUCACCGCAGCGGUAGUCAAGGAUGAAGAGACAGGCGAGUUUACCAUUGAAGCGGGUGCCCUUAUGCUUGCAGAUAAUGGAAUCUGCGCUAUUGACGAGUUCGACAAAAUGGACAUUGCCGAUCAAGUCGCCAUUCACGAGGCCAUGGAACAGCAGACCAUCUCCAUCGCCAAAGCCGGCAUCCAGGCCACACUCAAUGCUAGGACGUCGAUUCUGGCAGCCGCUAACCCUGUCGGCGGUCGUUACAACCGGAAGACGACACUUCGUGCCAAUGUCAACAUGAGCGCCCCAAUCAUGUCUCGGUUUGAUCUUUUCUUCGUCGUACUAGAUGAGUGUGACGAAACCGUCGAUCGACACUUAGCAGAGCACAUUGUCGAUAUCCAUCGCCUUCGCGACGAGGCCGUUCAACCCGAGUUCUCGACUGAACAGCUUCAGCGCUACAUUCGGUUUGCACGUACUUUCAAGCCCGAAUUUACAGAAGAGGCCAAGCGAACUCUCGUCGAGAAAUAUAAGGAACUCCGCGCCGACGAUGCUCAAGGCGGUAUUGGCAGGAACAGUUACCGCAUCACGGUACGUCAAUUGGAGAGUAUGAUCCGUCUCUCCGAGGCCAUCGCCAAGGCUACUUGUGUGAGUGAAAUCACUCCUGAUUUUGUGCGCGAAGCCUAUAAUCUCCUCCGCCAAUCCAUCAUUUCCGUCGAGAAGGACGACGUAGAAGUUGAGGACGAGGAUGAGGAAGCCGCUCUCAAUGAUGGUGAGGCUGGUGCAGACGGCGAUGCUGCAACGGCCGACCAAGACCACGAGAUGGGCGACCAAGAUGAUGACGCUGAUGCUGAAGCUGGUCCCUCUGGAGACGGCGCAGCAUCGAGGGCCGUAUCCCGCACGCCAGCUCCACAGCGUGAGCGUACGAAGAUUACAUAUGACAAGUACAUGUCCAUUCUGAACUUGCUUGUGGGGCGUGUGAACGCGGAUCAGGAAGCAUCCGAAGAUGGCGUCGAGGAGGAAGAGUUGCUAGUCUGGUAUCUUGAGCAGCGUGAGGCCGAGUUGGAGACGCAGGAGGAUCUGGAGAAUGAGAGAGAGCUCGCGAAGAAGGUGCUGAGAAGGAUGGUUAAGGAUUCUAUCCUUAUGCCCAUCCGCGGUGAGGGAUUGGCUGACGAUCAGGGGCAAGGUCUUGCUCAAGGCAAAGUGGUGUAUGUCAUGCAUCCUAACUGUUCUGUUGAGGAUAUGUAG